CGUUGCUUUUCCAGACGCUUCGGUUUUCCCGCACCUAGCAAUCAACUCCUCGCGGUCCCCAGAAAACCACACAGAGCUAAGCUAGACAGAGACCUGUUUGGGAAGGAGAAAAAUAGGAAGGGAAAAUUUCAGUAGAAAAAUGUGGAUGGUGUAUGUUUGCGAAGAGGAAGAGAAGGAGCUAGGGAGACAAGCAGCUCCGGGAUCGUGCCCUCACUGUGGGGGAAAAGUGCAGGCCAUAGAUGUGGAAACCCAGUGGAAAUUCUGUUUCCUUCCUCUCUGUUUCAAGAUCAAGCGCAAGUAUUUUUGCACCCUCUGUGCCCGACGAUUGGUCUUGUACUAUUGAAGAAAUGCAACAAAUUUCCUCACCCAAUAACCCACUUUUCAAGAAUCAAGAUCAAUGUUUCCUUUUCUUCUUCUUCUUCUUCUUCUUUUCUUUUUUCUUCUUUUUUAAUUUCUUAAUUUUGGGGGCUUUUUAAUUUGUCAAGUGCUCUUUUUUUUUCUUUUUUUUUUUUUCCCUUCUUGUUCUUGAAUCUAAUUUUGGUGUUGUGAUGGUGAUUCAGGAAAGAAGAAGGAAAAAAAAAAAGGGAUUUUUUUUUUUUUUUUUGUAUAUAAUGAUUGAAUCUAAAUAGUGGAGAUUAAUUUGUUGUUGAAUAUUGGCUA